AAUUUCUAUAGCAUUUCUGCAUUACUGAAUAAUAAAUCUGUGAAGAAAAAUAUACGUAUCAAGCUGUAAUUUCAUUGUUUUAAUUUAAUGGUGUUUUCACCUCUGAUUCCUUACUGAUGUGGCAUUCAUCUCAGUCCUAAGUAUGGAGAAUCAGACAAUUGUUUCUUAUUUUCUGCUCAUGGAAUUUUCCAAAGAUCGUCAUCUGCAGCUUCUACAUUUCUUCUUAUUCUUCAUAGUAUACCUGGCAACUGCAGCAACAAAUCUUUUCAUCAUAUCUGCGGUAGCUUUUGACCAUCGACUACACAGACCCAUGUACUUCUUCCUGGUGAAUUUGGCUGUGCAGGACCUGGGCAUUGUUUCAGUCAUUGUCCCCAAAUCCAUGAUAAAUUCCCUCAUGGACACCACACACAUAUCUUACUUUGGUUGCUUUGCACAAGUCUUGAUUUUUGUCUCUUUUGAAGCUUCAGAUUUAUCUCUCUUGACAGUAAUGGCAUAUGAUCGGUAUGUUGCCAUUUGCCAUCCACUGCACUAUGGAAUGGUGAUGAAUUGGAAAGCCUGCACCAAAAUUGUGAUUCUGGUGUGGGUCACAAGUGUCCUCUAUGCAAUGUUGCAUACCAGUGGCACUUUUUCCACUUCUUUCUGUUCUAAUGUUGUCAAUCAGUUUUUCUGUGAAAUACCACAAUUGCUAAAGUUAUCAUGUUCUGGAUUCAGUUUAAUUGAAGCUGGAGUUAUAUUUGUGAGUAUCACUGCAACAUUAGGUUGUUUUAUUUUUAUUUUUGUCUCUUAUACACUGAUUUUCAAGACAGUGUUGAAAAUCCCAUCUGUGAAAACAAGGCAGAAGAGUUUUUCAACUUGUCUUCCCCAUCUUAUAGUCUUUUCCAUGUUUUUGGUACCUGCAUGCUUAGCAUAUCUGAAACCUUCUUCUAAUACUUCCAUUUAUUUAGAUUUUGCAUUAACUGCCCUAUAUUCUUUACUUCCACCACUGUUCAAUCCAAUCAUCUACAGUAUAAGAAAUAAGAAAAUCAAGUCUGUGCUGUCAAAAUUGUGCAGAUUCUAACACUUUAUUUUGAAGAUAUUUUAAAAAUAUUUUUCCUUAUAUCAAAUGUUCUGUGUCUAUUUCCCUUAUUUUUGUUGAGGCUAAGGUAGAAGUAGGGUUUGCUCUUCUAGAUCAACAUAGUACUUGAGAGGAUGUCAGCCAAUGAUUCCAAAACUCUAAUUACUGCCCUGAUUGUCAGAAUGCUGUGCAUUAUUUUAGCAACAUCCUGAAUUCCACAUGUUGAAAACUGCCAUUCUAGGCUUUAGUAUCAGGAUCAGAUUAUAAUGAUGAACUGAUGCCCUCAAAAUCUUUCUAUCAUUCUCUUUAGAGAUUUCAGUUUCAGAUCCUGGUUUCUAUUCAAUACAGGCAGUCUUUCAUUAGGGAAAAAACAAACUAGAGAUUAUCUUUAUUGAAAUCACCAUCCAAAUAUUUUUCCAAUGCAUUCAUUGCAAAAUUUGGUACUGGAGCUGACUUUGUAUAUCACACUAAGCCACAGUUCAAUCACUUAUUGAGUAAGCCAAAAUUUCCUUACAUCCCAGAAAAUAAUAAGGCAUAAAUCAUGAUUUAAAAACUAUAUUAACUAGCUUUACACAAUGUAUAAACCAAAGCCAAGGAAACAAUAUGAUUUAGGAAAUUGUUUCAAUAAACCCAUAAUCUCUUUAAACCUUACGGACCAUCUUUUUAAUAAUAUUCAACUUUUAAAAGAAAUUCUUUUAGCAGGCUACUUGGUUAUUUUGCUAAUGUACAAUUUUUUUCAUGAAUUCACAUUGUUUCAAAGGGCAAAAUCUUUUCCAAAGAGCAAAAAUUCAGAUUAUUGCCAUCUUUAUUGGGAAAUACAUACUUAGUUGGCAUAUUGCAUUCCACACGUGGCUUAUGCCAGUUUGUGAUCGACAGACUUUGAGAGGAAAUGAACUCUGGAUACUGUGGAGUAUGUGUAAAGACAGACUUUUUUAAUAGUGGGUUAUUACAGAUAGUCCUUGACUUACAACAGAUUGUCUAGUGAUGAUUAAAAGUUACAAUUGCACUGAAAAA